UGAGAAGGUACUACUGAUUAAAUCAGGGAAAUAAAUAUUUUUAAGAGAGAUAAUGACACACGGAGCUAGACCUACACCGAGCACAGGAUAUAACUCCCCUAGCAUGCGUACAAAAGAAAAAACAAAUAUACAUUAGAAAAAAACGUUUCGUUGAAUUCAAGACCUUCGAUAAUUAUAUCACUCUCAACCAUUUACAAAAAGAUAAAAAAAAAAGGAAAGACAGUCUCUCCCCCAACCUAACAUUUUAUUAUCUCUCUUCUCAAAAUCCAAAACCAUAGAAAAAAUGGAGAUUUUUGGCCCAGCGCAAGCGUGCUUCGCUGCAGACGAUGACCUCCUCGACUUCACCCUCGACGGCGGCGACGGUGAGGAAGGGGAGGUGGACCGCACCGUGGUCAAAGGCGGCGCCUCCGCCUCCUCUUCCUCCUUGGAAUCAUCGGACCCGGCGGCGCUGCCGCUCCGCCGUGGGACUCAGGCCGGUUUACUCCCUGAAUUCGUGGAGGAGGAGCUCGAAUGGCUGUCGAACAAGGACGCAUUUCCGGCAGUGGAGACUUGCUUCGGGAUUUUGUCCGACAAUCCGGAACUCGUGUCCAGCGCCCAUCAGAGCCCUGUUUCCGUUCUCGAAAACAGCAUUAGCAUUAGCAGCAGCCACACAAACAGUGGCAGCAUCACCAUUGCCAGCUGCUGCAACAGCCUCCAAAUCCCAGCAGCAACCCAUCCUGUCCGGGCCCGGAACAAGCGCAGGAAAAGAACUUCGGGCUUUGGCAAUCUUCUUCCAGUACCGGUGUCGGGCCCUUCACGGGCUAGUGGGAAAUCGGUGGUCAGGCCCAUUUCGUCUUCAGAUGGCGGGAAUGGGAGGAAGUGCUUGCAUUGCCAGACGGACAAGACGCCACAGUGGCGGGCGGGCCCAAUGGGCCCAAAGACACUCUGCAAUGCAUGUGGGGUCCGGUACAAAUCGGGCCGGCUUCUGCCGGAGUACAGGCCCGCGAGCAGCCCGACUUUUUCCAGCGGUUUGCACUCGAAUUCGCAUAGAAAGGUUGUGGAAAUGAGGAAACUGAAGCAGAUGGCAGAGGUGGAGGAUGAAGGGGUUAUGGUGAAUGUGCCUGUGGUGUCUUGUGGAUAUAAGGUAGGAUAGUGUGGAGAAUCGGUUGAUUUUGAUUUUAUUUUUAUUUUUUUCAGUGUUGCUUGCAGGUGUUUGGAUUUUUUUUAUUUUUAUUUUUUCUCUUUUUUUGGUAAUUUUCUUAGACUAGUUAGACUAGGUUUUAACAUUGUUUUACAUGUUUUUGUUCUGUUCAAUGGGAUUUGUUUAGGGCUUUUGAUGUAAUGGAUUUAGAUGGUUAGUGAAAAAGCCUCUUUUUGUUCCCCCCUUGUUAUUUAGAAAGAUGAAUCGACUAGGAAAGUUUGACUUUGUGCUUGAUGAAAA